AUGGACAACCAAACAUCUCUGGCUCAGUUCGACGCCAAUACCCAAGGCGUAGAUUUCGUCUGGGUGCUAUUCACCUCAUACAUCGGCACCAACCUAGUUCGCAUGGUGCCCGUGGCAGAAUUCAAGCGCCUGCUAGAGGUAAACCAAGGAAUUUCGGUUCCAAGCCAGGUCCUCCAUCUUCUCCCUCGCGAUGGAUUUGCGAACGGGGUAGCACCGACGGGGGCAUUCUUUCUCCAGCCGGAUGUGCGAUCUUUAGUAGCCCCCUACUUGGAUUCAAACAAGGCACUUGCCAUGGCCAGAUGGGUUGAUAAGGAAAACGUGCCGAUUGCAGAAUGCGCACGCUCCAAGCUUGAUGCGUUGACUCGGUUAGUUGAACAAAAGUCCAACUGUUCCAUCCUGGUCGGAUUCGAGCUCGAGUUCUGUCUACUACGCCAGCAAACACUGCCAAACGGACAAGUCGAGUAUACACCGGUAAAUACUAGGCAUUCGUGGAGCGUCAUGCCUCAAGGACGUGAAGACGAGCCUCUCCUUACCCUUCUGGAAGAAGCCGCACUGGCACUGCAAAGUCUCGGAAUUCGGCUUCAGCAGUUCCAUGCGGAAUUAGCACCUGGUCAAUGGGAGUUCGUUCUGCCCCCAGACUCCCCGCUUAAAGCGGUCGAUGCUCUCGUCCUUGCUCGACAGGCUAUCAUGAAAGUCGCGAAUAAGCACGGAUAUCGAGCGACGCUUCAUCCCAGAUUAUCGCCUCAAACUCCUGGCACUGGGUCGCAUGUUCAUGUAUCGCUGAACCCGAAUCAGAAAGAGGAUUUGCCAACAAUCGAGUCGUUUUUCGCUGGGAUUCUCGAACAUUUCGCAUCUAUUGCUGCAUUUACACUCCCCCAGGAGAUCAGUUAUGGCCGGGUUCAAGGAGGCAUCGGAAGCGGAGGCGACUAUGUGUGCUGGGGAUGGGAAAAUAAAGAGGCGAUCCUGCGACGGAUCUCCAGUACUCGGUUUGAGGUGAAGAUGAUGGAUGGACUGGCUAAUCCGUACUUGGCGCUUUGUGCGAUGCUUGCGGCGGGUUUGGACGGGUUACUUCAGGGGGCAGUUUUGAAAGCUGGGCCCUGUCUCACUGCGCCUAAUAGUAUGUCGGCAGAGGAACGAGAGGCUCUGGGCGUCAAGGAUAAGAUGCCUGCUGGGCUGGCGGAGAGUCUUGAGUAUUUGGAGGCGAAUGAAAGACUCAGGGGUGUUCUGAGUGAUGCCCUGGUGUCGACGUAUCUUGCGGUUAAGAGAUCCGAGCUGGACGUCGUGCAGAAGAUGAGUCCUGAAGAGCAGCGUGCAUGGUUCGUUUCGACAUAUUAG